AUGAUUCGUGACCAAAUUAUUAUACGUACACCUCACGAUGCAGUGCGCACGGCUGCGUUCCAAAAGCCCCAGCCGACACUUGCUGAUGUUUUGCAGAUUGCAGAAUUGUACGAAACAACCACUAAAACGGUGGCAACAAUUAAAGAACAAACGAUCGAAAACUCAAUGCCUGUUAAUUCAGUUGUAAAAUUCAAAUCAUGUUCUGGCUGUGGAAACUCUCAUGCAAGAGAAAACUGUAAAUUUAGAAAUGCUGUUUGCAAUAGAUGUAGCAAAAUUGGACAUAUUGCGCCAGUGUGCAUGUCAAAACAAAACAAGAACAACAAACGUAAUUUAGGUGAUGAAAACAAGAAGAAAGAUUACCGUCGUAAAAGUCACAACAUUGGUACUGUUGAAACAAUUAACAGUUUAACAGGUAUUGUAAAAACUGAAAGCAAUAAGAAUUACAUUGACUUGGAAAUUUGCAAUAAACUUGUAUCUUUCCAAAUGGAUUCUGGUGCAACAGUUUCUUUAAUAAAUAAGCGAACAUUCAAAACUCUAAAUUGCCCAAAGUUGCGAAAUUGUACAAAAACCUUAUUUGGUUUUGGCAAAAAUGAAAUUCCAGUGCUUGGUGAACUUUGCGUAGAUAUCAAAUGUGGCGGAAAAGAAAGGGAAGUGGUAAUCGUUGUCGUGGAUGUCGAAAACUGUAACAAUUUAUUCGGUUUCGAUUUAUUUAAAGAAUUCGGGUUUGAGAUUCAACAAAUUUGUAACAUUACUGAAAGUGAAUCACACAGAAUUAGCGAGCUGUGUAAGAAAUAUGGUGAUAUUUUUGAACCAGCUCUUGGCACAAUAAAAAACUUUAAGAAAGAAGUCGAUCGAUUGACAAAUGCGGGUAUUUGGAAACCUGUGAAGUUUUCCCAAUGGGCUUCGCCUAUUGUACUAGCGCCAAAAGCUGAUGGUUCCAUAAGAAUUUGUGAGGAUUUUAAACAAGCAGUCAAUGCGCAAAUUGACAUUGAACAAUAUCCUUUGCCCAUACGCGAAAGUCUUUUCCAUAAAAUUAAUUGCGGUCAACAUUUUACAAAAAUCGACCUUAAGGAUGCGUAUUUACAAAUGGAACUCGACGAUGAAGCAAAAACAAUAAUGGUUGUCAACACUCCACUUGGGUUAUUCCAAUACCAACGUUUACCGUUUGGAAUUGCAAGCGCUCCAGCUAUAUUCCAAAGAUAUCUUGAGCAGUUACUUCAAGGCGUAGAAGGUUGCGGUAAUUAUCUCGAUGACAUCAUCAUCUCCGCACCUACAUUCCAACAACACAUCAGCCGCCUAGAACAAGUACUUCGUAUUUUGCAACAAAAUGGUAUAUUGCCAGAUGAGUCAGGACUAAAAGCAGUCAAAAACCUGCAGCCGCCUAAAGAUCUAAAGCAAACAGAAGCAUUCAUGGGUAAGGUAAACUAUUACCAUAAUUUUAUACCUAAUUUUUCGCAAUUAUCCGCGCCAAUCAACAUGCUGCGCCGAAAAAAUGUAAAAUUCACAUGGGGUACAGCACAACAACAAGCAUUUAUAGCUCUUAAAACGCAUAUUCUCAAUGCAGCGCAAUUAGCACAUUAUCAGGAAGAUUUACCGUUGGUUCUAGCUACAGAUGCCUCCUCCUAUGGCAUAGGAGUCGUGCUCUCGCAUACGUACGUUGACGGUACAGAAAGGCCUAUUGCUUUUGCAUCUAAAACUCUCGACAUUCAUCAACGACGAUAUAGUCAGAUAGAGAAGGAAGGACUAGCUAUCGUUUUUGGAGUCAAGCGUUUCCAUCAAUAUUUAUACGGAAGAAGAUUCACCUUGGUUACUGACCACAAACCUCUUGUUAGCAUUUUUAAUCCAAUUCAUCAGUUGCCGUCGAUGACGUCACAUCGUUUACAGCGAUGA